UCACAGCGCGGCACUUUGCAAAGACGCUGAGGCAGCUCUGCCAGGAAACCAGCAUCCACGGAAAAGGAUAACUAGUCGCUGGGAAGAGCAGAAAUCCUCAACUGCCGCUUUGUUUACAGUGAUGUAGGAUCGAGUUGCUCUUUAAUAAAACAGCAGGACCCAUGACCCUGACACGAGGAUCCUUCACCUACUCCAAUGGUGAGGAGUAUCAUGGCGAAUGGAAAGAAGGUCUGCGCCACGGCCUGGGCCAGCUGACCUUCAGCGACAGGACAUGCUACACCGGACAGUUUGAGAACGGCCUGUUCAACGGCUGUGGGGUGCUGGUUUUCCCAGACAGCUCCAGAUAUGAAGGUGAAUUUGUGCAGGGGAAGUUUCAUGGUGCCGGCGUCUUCACUCGCUACGACGGGAUGAGCUUCGAGGGCGAGUUUAAAAGUGGGUGUGUGGACGGUUACGGACUGCUGACGUUUGCGGACAGCGGUCCAGGCGGCGGCGGAGGCAGCCACGAGGGCCUGUUCGAGACCAACCAGCUGAUGAGGAGAGAGAGCAGCCAAGGAGCCGUGCAGAGGGCACAGGCAGCCGCCGUUAAGGCCCGAGCUCUGGCCAUGUGACUCGGACUACAUCACCCACAAUGCCACAGAACCAGGAUCAUCCUAUUGGUUUGAGCAGCUGGUUGUGUUUCCUUUUCAUCCUGUUUCUCUGGCUGCUGUUGGUCAAGGACAACAUUUUGUCCUUUUCUGUUGAUUUUCCUUGAUUUCUCAUUUUAUUUUUAUAAUUUUGCCUUAGUCUCUGGAGCAGAAGUCAACGGCUCCAACGGUGUGUGACAUAAUUCUCUUGUUUCCAUCCAGUUGGAAACCACUGAUUCAGGAUCAGCUGAGCCAAACACAGAUUUACUGUUCAAUUAACACACUGGUGCUAAAUCUGCUUCAGGGUCAGAUAAUCUGACAAAACUCUGGAUUCCAAAAUGCAUAUGGACGUUUCCAGUAAACACUGAUUCGAUGAACAGGUAGAAAGUAGGUUUAAGUUACAGUAAAUUUAUUUGUUUUAAAGAAAUCUAGGUAGAACUGUGUUUCAAUAGCAUUUAAUAUAAUUGGUAUCAAAUCCGAAUCCUUUCAACUCCCUGACUGAAUUACUUACUGAUUCUAAGUAGGUUCAGCAUCAACACUUGCAAGUAAUUAAAGUUAUAAAUAACUAAAACUCAAGGAAUCAAUUUACAUUUGUAAUUGACUUUUUAGCCUGAGAGGGAAGACAGUUUUAGUGGCAGCCUAAUUAAUGUGUACAACCUGUAGCUACAAGCUGACAGUGAGAUGAGCUGCAGGAAAUAGAAAAUGUUGAUUAAAUGUCUGACACUUUAGAAGAAAUAAGACUUGUAAUUUACUUUGCACACUUUGUCAUUAACAAGCUGCAACUUCUGGUGGCCCCAGUUCAAAACAGUUGAGUCAUGAAGGUUAAACUAUUGAUGCUGCUGAUGGGUAAAAGUUAAAAGAUAAGUUGUGUGUGAUCAUUUCAGUAGAGAAGACAGCGCUGUGCUGGUCAUAUGGGACCACAAAAACACAGUCUACUUGCAAAUAGAGUGAUGGUUGAGAGUCUGCAAAUCUCUGAGUGCAGACAUUGGAUCGGAGGACGAACAUUAACAACCUGGAGUUCAGUUUGACUCAUUAUGGAUUCAGUGGAUUUAGCUUCAGUUGAUAGAAUCACAGCAGUGCGGUGGUUAGCGCUGUUCUCUUACAGCAAGAAGGUUCCAGGUUUGAGCCCUGGCCGACCCU